AUGCCUUUCAUAAUGGAGACACUGUACGAGACCAAAUAUAUCUUGGAGGAUCCUUCUGUUCUCAAUGCGCAAUUAAUUCACUUCCUCAUGUUCCCCAGCAUCAAGGAACUUGAGUACUUCGCUGAGGUGAUCAAGCGCCGGGUGAAGCGCAUGCAAGCUACAAUUAAUCUUACUCGGUAUAUUUGGGAGAAGCAUAACUUGUCCUUGAAGGCUGCAAUCUGCGCAAAAUAUCUCAGACGUGUCAAGAAUGCGCUUCCCAAUGUUUCCUCCGCUGAUGUCAAGGCAUGCAUUGACUCAUGGAAGCUCACAGUUGAUGACAUUGAGCUACCUCAACUCUAUUCGGAGUCAAAGAUAUCUUUGGAAAUUUUGUUUGAUCACUGGAACUCGCAGAGCUGGGGCAAGUAUCUGUACUUGGCUGGUGUUGUCAUCGGACAAAAUCAAGAGUCACAGUGUCUGUACCUUAAGGCGAAGGAGAUAGCCUUCAAUAUCCUGGGUUUGAUUCACCCCUUGUUCUUCAGCAUUACCAUAGUGGAACUUACUUCAUCCUUGCAUGAUCUUGAGAAACUUCAUGGCAUCAUUGAUCUGGAUGAGGUUGUCAUCAUCACUGGAUUUGUCGAGGUCGGUCCUUGGGGUAGUUCACAUACUCGUUGGGAAACAGGGGCACGAGAAGAGUUCAUGACUGAGGAAGAUGACCUGGCUUAUAGAUCUUAUCUGGGCCUGUACACAUUUGUUCCUGCCGGUACCAUUUGUUCUUACCCAUACGUUCCCGCUUUCACUCGUUUGUUCUUCAUUGUCCAUGCGCUCAAUGCUUUAGUGAACACUGGAGAUGCUGUUCUGGUGGAUUAUCCAGUGUAUGCAUGA